AUGGAAACAACAAGCAGAGAGCUGAAACGUGUGUAUAGUUUGGCAAGCAAGCUCGCAGCAGCUCAGGGCGGCGCGCCCGGUGGAGCAUACGGCGGCGCACCUCCUCCAGCUUCAUACCAGCAGCAACAGCAAGGAGGAGCACCAAAGCCAGGUGGCUAUCCCCCACAGGGACAGCAAGGCGGCUAUGGCGCACCUCCUCAACAGCAGGGUGGCUACCCUCCUCAGCCCCAGCAAGGUGGUUACGGCUCGCAACCCCAGCAAGGCGGAUAUUCUGGACAGCAGCCAGGCGGUCCUCAGGGCGGCUACGGUGCUCCUCCUCUUUCGCAGCCCGCAGGCCCUGCUGAGAUCCAGGCAUACAAGCAGUCGCUCCAGCAGACCAUCCAAGAGAAGGGCCUCCAGGCCUUCUACCCUCCUGGCUCGCCCAUAAUCGAUCAGAUUGCCAGCAGAGCCUCUAGCCAAGUCGACCGACUGUGCCAGCAGUGGCGCAUCAACAAGGAGAUCGGCAACGACAUUGUCAAGUUGGCCUUGUACGAUGUUGUUCUAUACAUUGACGACAGUGGCUCCAUGAAGUUUGAGGAGAACGGCGAGCGUAUCAAGGAUCUCCAGCUUAUCCUCGAGCGUGUCGCAACCGCCGCUACCCUCUUCGAUGAUGACGGCAUCUCUGUCCGCUUUAUGAACGACAACCCCCCUCAGCACAUGGUCGAGCACAUUAAGAACGAGCAGCAGAUCCAGCAGCUCGUCCAGGGCCACAAGUUCAGCGGCCUUACACCCAUGGGCACUGAGCUUCGCAAGAAGGUCGUCGACGGCAUUAUUGUACCCGCCAUCCGUAGCAGACAGAUGCGCAAGCCCAUCUUGGUUAUCACCGUCACGGAUGGUCAGCCUGCAGGAGAGCCCACCACUGCUGUCUUUGACACUGUUCGCUUCGCCGUUCAGGAGGCCCAAAGCUCGCAAUACGGCCGUGGAGCUGUCGCAUUCCAAUUUGCCCAGGUUGGCAACGACGAGAAGGCUCGCGAGUUCCUUGGCAAGCUCGACGACGACCCUACUGUCGGUCAAUUGGUCGACUGCACUUCAAACUUCGAGAAUGAGUCCGCCGAGAUGGCACGCGCUAACCCCCCUGUCGAUCUCACUCCUGACCUCUGGAUCCUCAAGCUGAUCCUCGGUGCAAUCGAUCCCUCGUACGACACCAAGGACGAGAAGUCAAACCGUCCUCAGGGCGGGGCUCCUCAAUACGGUGCUCCUCCUCAGCAAGGCGGUUACGGCGGUCAGAACCAAUUCGCCCCACCUCCUGGUGCUCCUUCAGGCUACGGCCAGCAGCAAGGCGGUUACGGCCAACAGCAAGGUUACCCUCCCCAACAGCAGCAAGGUGGAUACGGUGCUCCUCCCCAGCAGCAAGGUGGCUACCCUCCUCAACAGGGUGGUUAUGGACAGCAGCAGGGCGGCUACGGAGCUCCCCCGCCUCCUCGCUACUAA